AUGACACGGGCCACUGUCAAGCCCAGCCUUGCCAGCUGUUUCCCGCCGUGUUCAGGGAGAUACCUUAUUACCGGUAAUUCAAAUCAGGCAAGGCAAUGUGCUAAUGCUAUUGGUUUUGCCCUCAUUCGAUGGCAGGAAUUUUCUGCAAUAUUGAAGGGCUGCCAGACAGCAGCGCUUGUGACUUGCCAGGCCAAGUACCGAUUUGCUGUUUGCUUCUUCUCCGUGUGGUUUGCCGCCCGUUUGCCUGUUUGUUCCCGACGUGCUCGGCUUGUAGCUUGCAUUUUCCCGGGCGAUACGGACUACUCAGCGUGUCGGAGGGAUCCACGUUCCGGCCUAUCAAUAGUGUUUGAAGAACUUGUCACCGGAGCCAGCUUUUGCUACUCUUAUGGUGCUGUGCAGUACAAAAUGAAAGCUAUCGUACAGCGGGUGCUGUCUGGGUCAGUGACGGUGGACAACGAAGUGAUUUCUUCUAUUGGAAAGGGACUUCUUGUUCUUGCUGCUGUGGCUCCCGAAGACACAGAGAAAGAUGCCGAGAAUCUAGCAAACAAGGUGUUGAAGCUUAGGAUGUGGGACGACGAUGCCGGCGCAAGGUGGAAGAAAUCAGUCCCGGACAUUGACGGAGAAAUUCUCUGCGUGUCUCAAUUCACGCUUUUCGCAAAGAUUGUCAAGAACAAGCCGGAUUUCCGCCUCAGCGCAGGAGCCGAGGAUGCCAAGAGGCUCUAUCACCAUUUCUUGCAAAAAUUGCAGGAUAGCUACGCCGCCGACAAGGUCAAGGAUGGACGCUUCCAAGCCAUGAUGGCUGUGGCUUCCGUCAAUGACGGACCGAGUCGGCACCUAAGUCCUGAUCGCUCUCGAAGUCUUCCGGAUGCCAUUUGCCAUGGCCCAAGGUACUACUUGGAUCCUGUUCGUUCGAAGCGUCAAGAAGCGAUGACAAACAGUAAUGGACCUGGCAGGCGGUCCGCUGCGAUGCAACUGCGAUGGGCUUGCCAUUUUUCAGAAUACCUCAGAACGCAGGCAGAGACAUUGCAACUCAAUUACAUCAACGCUGCCUGCUUCAGCUGCAUAAUUUCUUUCUGCCUUAUUUUCCCGUUUGCCUCACCUUGUACGCAGCAGCGAAGGCAGGCACCUCAUGGAAAAGCCGAGGACAGGGCAGGAAAGAGACAUCGUGAGCAGCCGGUGGUGCGACUGCCCCGCGCACAGGCGUCCGAGCUACCAGAAAGUUCCAUCGUACCUUCCCCCACCUUCCAGGUUAGCUCUGGGCUGAAGCAUUUAUCGUCCCCCUCCACCACCAUCGUUCCGAGGAUUAAGCUAUACCUUGCCUCAGCUUCGGCCCAAUCAUCGAUAACCUUUCACUCCGCGAAUCUCGUUUGCGGCAACCACAUCUACCCCGCACUACUGGAUCGAAACGUAGUCACAAUGUCCGCUGAGGGAACCGAAAACAAGGCCGCGCGCUCGCGCGUGUUCUUUGAUAUUACAGUCGGUGGCAAAUCCGCUGGCCGUAUUACCAUGGAGCUCUACAACGACCUCGUCCCCAAGACGGCCGAGAACUUCCGCUGCCUCUGCACCGGCGAAAAGGGUCUGGGCAAAUCCGGCAAGCCUUUGCACUACAAGGGCUCUAUCUUCCACCGCGUCAUCAAGCAAUUCAUGAUUCAGGGAGGUGACUUCACGGAGGGCAAUGGUACUGGCGGCGAGUCUAUUUACGGCGCAAAGUUCGAGGAUGAGGCUUUCCCUAAGAAGCACGACCGUCCCUUCCUCCUGUCCAUGGCCAAUGCUGGGCCUAACACCAACGGCUCUCAAUUCUUCCUCACCACCGUCCCGACGCCUCACCUCGACAACAAGCACGUCGUCUUUGGCGAGGUCCUCAACGGCAAGUCCGUCGUUCGCCAGAUCGAGAACCUCCAGACCGAAUCAGGCGACAAGCCCCUCAAGGACGCCGUCAUUGCAGACUGCGGCGAAUUGACCGGAGACGCCGCUCUCGCAGCCGAUGUGAAGGCCCCGGACGCCAUGGGCGACACCUACGAGGACUUCCCCGAGGACUGUGCAACCCCGCCUGAUGCUCAGGAAGUCAUCAAGAUUGCUGCCGCCUGCAAGGAUUACGGCAACAAGGCCUUCAAGGCUGGCGACUUCAACCUCGGUCUCGAGAAGUACCAAAAGGGCCUGCGCUACAUCAACGAGGAGCCCGACUUGGAGAAGGAGCCCGCUACUACCAAGGCGGAACUCCAAGCUCUCCGCUUUACCCUCAACAACAACUCGGCCCUGCUCAACAUCAAGCUCGAGGCCUGGGAUGAUGCAGCGAAGACGGCUACGUACGCCCUUGAUGUAUCCGGAACCAAGGACGCUGACCGCGCCAAGGCCCUCUACCGCCGCGGCUUCGCCAACGUCCGCCUUAAGGACGAGGAGAACGCCAUUAAGGAUCUUGAAGAGGCGCACAAGCUCGUGCCGGAUGAUAAGGUCAUUCUCCACGAGCUUAAUGCCGUCAAGCAGAAGGCGGCCGCCCGUGCGGCCAAGGAGAAGGCGGCUUACAAGAAGUUCUUCCAAUAG